GAAAUAGACAAGGAAAUCAACUUUGAGCUCUAGUCAGAAACCGAACAAUCUGAGGAAGAAGAAACCAUCUCUUCGGACGCAGUUCUGAACAAUGCUGAAGUCGAUAAUACUGUACAGGAGUAAGAAGUAAAGGUUGCUAGUUUUGCGGCAAUGUUAGCUAAUAAAACAAACGAACAAGAUUCUACAAAACGAGGCAAAUACAGAAACUACUCAGUUGAGCAGAUUGCCAAGUCUAUAACAUAAGUGAAAUGGUACCAGUGACCGUUGGUCCCGUUGAGUCGGGUAUAACAGAGCGUUCAGCUUACCGUUAUAGAAAGCAAUGGGACGAACCGGGACAGUAGCUAGAAACAAACGCAGAAGACGUACAGGGACGGUUUCUCAGUUAAAGGAGCAGCUCAGUUUGUAUAUACGAAAAUCAGUAGAUGAUAAUUCUGGAAUAACAAUUGCAGCAAUUCAUGAGUUGCUGCUUGAACAGUUUCCGGACUUAACUAUAACAAAAUCGUUGGUUUAUAGACAUAUUAAAAAUGAAUGCGCCUUGAGCUUCAAACGGUUAGAGAAAUUAACGCAAGAGCGUAACUCUGAAAAAACCAUAUUUCAGAGAAAAGAAUGUGUUGAAGCAUCGAAAAAUAUAGUUCGAAAGUAAUUGUGUGUUCCUUGACGAAGCAGACUUUAACCUUCAUAUAACUCGCAAUCGUGGAUGGUCUAGAAAAGGUGAACCAGCAAAAAUAAAGGUAGGUGCCAACAAAGAAAGGAACAAGUGUAACCAUUUUGGGUGCUAUAUCUGCUCAGGGUGUAAUCGAUUUAUCAUUGAGAAAACCAACAACUGUUACUGGUAGCAAGAAAAGAAAAGCUGAUGGCGAUGUAAUUGAAACAACUGCCCCAAGUGGGUAAUAGGACCGAGUAUUUUCUUUUUUAUUUGAACAAUGUGAUGGAUGUUCUCGACAAAAUAACAUGAAAGGCUUCUGCAUUGUUAUGGACAAUGCUCCAAUCCAUAAGCCAACAACAGUUCGUGAAUGUAUUGAAAAAAAGGGAUACAAAUGCGUCUAUCUACCACCGUAUUCACCCUUUUUAAAUCCAAUCGAGGAAUUUUGGUCA